UGGAUCUUCCCCUGCCUGCUAGCGGCCGCGCUUUUGCAGUCUGCCGGCCGUGAGCCUCACCCCCUUCUCUUCAUAUCCGGAUCCGGGCUCCUCCCCUCUAGACCCGGGUUCCUUUCCGGACUCCUCCCCCCGAGACCUCCCAUCCGGCCUCUACUCCGCUAGUACUUGGACUCUGACCCAUUCUCCCAAACUCCGCUGAUCCUGGCCCUAAUAACCCAUAUUCAGACUUUAAAACAAUGAGUUGACUUCUUCCUUGCUAAGGAUUCAGGCCACCUCUCCCACGGUUCCCAGCCUGGGAAAAGAUGGCCUCACUGCCCCGGAGGGGCCUGGUCCCACCUCUGCUCUGGGGCUUGAGUCUCUUCCUUAGCCUCCCAGGCCCCGUCUGGCUCCAACCCUCUCCGCCUCCCCAGUCUUCUCCGCCAACUGAGCUGCACCCAUGUCAUACCUGCCGGGGACUGGUCGACAGCUUCAACAAGGGCCUGGAGAGAACAAUCCGGGACAACUUCGGAGGUGGAAAUACUGCCUGGGAGGAGGAGAAAUUGUCCAAAUACAAAGACAGCGAGACCCGCCUGGUAGAGGUGCUCGAGAGCGUGUGCAGCAAGUCGGACUUUGAGUGCCACCGCCUGCUGGAGCUGAGUGAGGAACUGGUGGAGAGCUGGUGGUUUCACAAGCAGCAGGAAGCCCCAGACCUCUUCCAGUGGCUCUGCUCAGAUUCCCUGAAGCUCUGCUGCCCCUCAGGCACCUUCGGGCCCUCCUGCCUUCCCUGUCCUGGGGGCGCAGAGAAGCCCUGCGGUGGCUACGGGCAGUGUGAAGGGGAAGGGACGCGAGGGGGCAGCGGGCACUGUGACUGCCAAGCCGGCUACGGGGGCGAGGCCUGUGGCCAGUGUGGCCUCGGCUACUUUGAGGCCGAGCGCAACGCCAGCCAUCUGGUAUGUUCGGCUUGUUUUGGCCCCUGUGCCCGCUGCUCUGGACCUGAGGAAUCAAACUGUUUACAGUGCAAGAAGGGCUGGGCCCUGCAUCACCUCAAGUGUGUAGACAUCGACGAGUGUGGCACAGAGCGAGCCAGCUGUGGAGCCGACCAGUUCUGUGUGAACACGGAGGGCUCCUAUGAGUGCCGAGACUGUUCCAAGGCCUGCCUGGGCUGCAUGGGGGCAGGGCCAGGCCGCUGUAAGAAGUGUAGCCCUGGCUACCAGCAGGUGGGCUCCAAGUGUCUCGAUGUAGACGAAUGUGAGACAAAGGUGUGUCCAGGAGAGAACCAGCAGUGCGAGAACACCGAGGGCAGCUAUCGCUGUGUCUGUGCCGAGGGCUACAAAGAGAUCGAGGGCGUCUGUGUGAAGGAGCAGAUCCCAGAAUCAGCAGGCUUCUUCUCGGAGAUGACAGAGGACGAGCUGGUGGUGCUGCAGCAGAUGUUCUUUGGGGUCAUCAUCUGUGCGCUGGCCACACUGGCCGCCAAGGGCGACUUGGUCUUCACCGCCAUCUUCAUUGGGGCUGUGGCGGCCAUGACUGGCUACUGGUUGUCGGAGCGCAGUGACCGUGUGCUGGAGGGCUUCAUCAAGGGCAGAUAAUCCCUGCCACAUCUGCAGGAUCUCCUCCGAUCCAGGCUGUCCCCAGAGGUCAGGCCUCUCUCCCGCCUGGACACUUGAGGCAGCUUGCUUUAUAUUUGAGCGGGGUAAGCACCCCCUACCCACCAGGCCUGGGCAGGUGAGGCCCUUGGGGUGAAAAAGUAGCUCUAAAUAUGGAUGCCAUGAGAUCCUGGCCUGGGGGAAGUGGGCAGGCUUCACAACAUGUGUGAAUUUUUAAAAAGUAUCUCCUUGCGAUGGCUGCUGAUGGGCUUUGGCCCCUGCCCAGGAUGAGGGGGGUUCCCUCCAGGGGCGGGCCCGUCACAGCCCCUCCUGCCAGCAGCAUGCCACAAGCUCCUGUCCCGUACUCACACCCUGCCCCUCAGCCACUGGUUAUUUAUUCAUCUCAGGAAAUAAAGGUCUUGGAAAAGAGA